AUGGCUUCCAGCCACGCAGGGGCCCCGGGGCAGGCCCCCGCCAGCCGCUGCCUCACCCCAGACUGCGAGCGGAGCGAGUCCCGGGGGCCACCGCCGCUGCGGACAGGCUGCCCAGCCGCGGGGCGCCCCGCCAGUGCCGACCCAGCCGCGCGCCAUGCGGGCCCUGCUGCCGCUGCUCUGCGCCGGGGCGCUGCUCCUGGGGCCCCCGCCGUCGCCCCGCCCGCCAGCUCCUUAGAGACCUUGCGCUUCGGGGCCUGGAUGGCGCAGCACCAGAAGAGCUACAGCGCCCGGGAGCUGCCCCAGCGGCUGCGCGCCUUCCUGGGCCACUGGCGGGAAGUCAAGGCCCACAACGCGGGGAACCACACCUACCAGAAGGGGCUGAACCAGUUCUCAGACAUGAGCUUCGCCGAGUUUAAACGCAAGUACCUCUGGUCAGAGCCCCAGAACUGCUCGGCCACCAAAGGCAGCUACCUUGGGGGCGCUGGCCCCUUACCCUCCUCCGUGGACUGGAGGAAGAAGGGGAACGUCGUCCCCGUGAAGAACCAGGGCGCCUGCGGCAGCUGCUGGACCUUCUCCACCACGGGGGCCCUGGAGUCCGCCAUCGCCAUCGCCGGCGGGAAGCUGCUGUCUCUGGCGGAGCAGCAGCUGGUGGACUGUGCUCAGGCCUUCAACAACCACGGCUGCCAGGGGGGUCUGCCCAGCCAGGCCUUCGAGUACAUCCGCUACAACAAGGGCAUCAUGGGCGAAGACGCCUACCCCUACAAGGGCCGGGACGGCCCCUGCAAGUUCCAGCCAGACAAGGCCGUCGCCUUCGUCAAGGACGUGGCCAACAUCACGAUGGGCGACGAGCAGGCCAUGGUGGAGGCCGUGGCCCUGCACAGCCCCGUGAGCUUCGCCUUCGAGGUGACCGACGACUUCCUGAUGUACAGAAGGGGCGUGUACUCCAGUACUUCCUGCCAUAAGACACCGGACAAAGUCAACCAUGCAGUGCUGGCUGUGGGGUACGGCGAGGAAAACGGGGUGCCCUAUUGGAUCGUGAAGAACUCGUGGGGCCCCUACUGGGGAAUGAACGGGUACUUCCUCAUCGAGCGGGGGAAGAACAUGUGCGGGCUGGCGGCCUGCGCCUCCUUCCCGGUCCCCCUGGUCUGAGCCCGCCUGGCGGAGGCGGCCCCACGCCCCACACACUGGAGCCCCAGGACAGGAUGACGACCCACACGGGCGAUGCCCGCGCCGGCCACGGCUGCAGCUGCGCCCCGGACUGCUGGCCACGGGGCAGGGGUGGGAGCCCCCCGCUGUCCUUCCGUCUCAGCAAUAAAGCUGUGCU